CAUAGCAGCGGCGCCGCUCACCUUCUUCCCCCCUCCCCCCCCUCCCUUUCAGCCGCCAUUUUGCCCGCCGUCCCGGUAACCAUGGCGAUCACUCCGGGCCAGGUCUUUGCUUCGCUGCUGUCGGACGCAGAGAACGGCAAACGCUGCUGGCCCGAGCGCCGCGGCUCCAAGUCUCCCGUGCCUCCCCCUUCGGCGGAGCGGGAGGUGCAGGUCAGCGCCACGGCCGAGGUGUCGGCGCCUCCGAACCGGGCCCGAAUCUGCAUGCUGGUGGCCAGCCGGAAGGAGGCGGCGGCGGCGGCCAAGAGCAGCGUCACUCGGCGGCUCGAAUACAUCGUGCAGAGCGUCCGGGCACACGGCGUGAGGGAGGACGGUAUUAUAGUGACUAAGGAUUUUCGGCGAAUUGAAAAUGCCUAUCAGAUGGAAGCGGAGGUGUCUGUUAUAUUCAGUGACUUUGGCAAGAUGGAGAAUUGCUGUAACUUACUGGUGGAGAAACUAGAUAGUUCUGUUGUUGUUGGUUCACCUCAAUUCUAUCAUACAACUGAAGCUGUGGAAAAUAUCAGACGGCAGGCAUGUCUUCGAGCAGUUGCGAAUUCUCGACGUAAAGCAUUUGAAGUAUGCCGACUGCUUGGCCAGACUCUCGGCAGACCUUUGAUUGUUCGAGAAGAGGAAAUUAAAGAAACUGAAGGGUUAACCUCUGAAGCACAAGCACCAGACAAUACAAGACCAUUGACUAUACAGCAGCAAAUUAGCAAUGCAUCUGUGACUGUUUGUUCAAAAGUCUAUGUGACUUUUGAACUUAAAUCAAAAGAUAAUGUCAAAAGAAAUAAUUGACAAAGACCCUUUUGAAUUUACAAAUUAAAGCUUUUAAAUAAGGAAACCAGCUGAAUUUUCAGAAAAGACAAAAGAAUGUUUCAAAUGUGUGCUAAUACAGAUUUUGGAAAGCAAACUCAAGAUCCGUAAUGGUGCUAAUUUUUGACAUGUUCCUUAGUGUGGAUACAAUGGAUCCAUCAGUCUUGUGCAAAACAAAACCUGCAACUUCUUAUUCAUCUCAUCACCAGUAACCAAAAUAUCAUGGAAUAUCUGUCAACUUGUGGCAAAAAAUGUCUAGGAACAAAAAGUUAUUGACUUUGUUAUUCAUUGAUGCAGCUAUGAGGCAUUUGUUAUUUUUGUGCAACAGUCAGUAUCAUCCGAUCCUUUUCAGCCAUUUCCCUGUCAUUUGAUCUCUUAAUCUUCAUUACUAUGUUGAUACAAAAUGAAGAAGGAAACUAUUAUUGAUACAGCAUGUCUUUUCAUGUUGUUGAGCUUGUUAGUAUUACGGAUCCAAAGUAAUGCAGGAUGUAAUUUUCUUGGUUAACUGCAGCAGUAUUAUGCCUGUCAAUGAACACAGUAGAACUUGCAAGAGAUUGACACAGAUAUGGUAUGCCCUUCCACUCGUUAGCCCUGGGUAAGUGCUACAGGGGAACCAGUGGUCGAAUUUAUUUUUUAAAAUUAUUUCUGUCACCUGAGAACCUCCUACGAUCAGGCCCAGGUGUCCUUUGGAAGGUGGGUUACCUCAACUCAUUGGCUGUUUUGGCCUCCAGCUAUGUUAAAUUCCUCCACAGGAACUUUUGAUUUAGGGAGGCCUGCACCCCACUUCCACAAUUGUCACUAAACGUGUGGGAAUGGAUGGAAAUUCUGCCACUUAAGGGCCAGGUUUGUAAUCUUAACAUAUGAUGAGUCUAUCAUACCCACAUCCUUAACUAUAUCCAAGCCCUUUCAGUGGCAUUUCUCAGAAUUAUAGUAGGAACCUGGCUAUAUAAUUGAGAAAACUUGACUUGUCUUCCCCCAGUUCCCAAAACAUUCCUAGGAAAGCACUGCAGUUUCUAACAAUUUCUGUAAAUAUUCAAAUUCUAGUGUGUUAAAAUGACAUGUUUCUUUGAUUCAAUAUUGUGAACCAAUACAUGUUAGUGACAUGACAGAGUAUGUUUAGUCAGAAUGGGAAAGUUAGAAGAUUUCUUAAUAAAACAAUUUUAUUUUGCAAAAAAAAAGCUUUGACUUAAAAGACAUAGACCUUUUACAACCUUGCAAAUGUUAAUACUUAAUUUAAAUAAAAACAGAGACCUCAGCAGGUCUGGCACCAUCAGUGGAGAGAGAAACAAAGGUAAUAUUGAGUCCCCAGUACCUCUUUCUCCCUCCACAGAUACUGCUGAGUUUCUUGAGCAGUUUUUAAAAAAAAUUCAGAUUCCCAGCUUCUGCAGUAUUUAGCUAUUAUUUCAUAUUUAUUUAGUUUCAUCUGUUUGUUGUAAUCUACCACAGUUGCUCAAGUACCCAUUUAUUUACACAUGGACCCCUGCUUUGCAAUUUGCUUCUCCAUACUAAGUACUUGGUUAUUAAAAACCUGUGACUUGUAUACUUCUGUUUGCACAAGCUCACUUACAUUGUCUGGAUUGCUAACCUUCAAGCAUGUAUGCAGAUCUUGAUUGCUAAUUGGAUAAACCAGCCUUCCCACAAUUUGGGGUACAGAAACCCAAGCUUCCUUCUGUUCUUAUUCUAUACGUAUUUGUGGAUCUUUGUGUUUGGAUCAACAGAUACUCAGCAAGACUGAUUCAUUUUCUCAUUCUGGAGUCAUUAAUGUCAGUUGUUGCUACAGGUUAGAUAAUUAAACUAAAGAAUCAGUUUUCAAUGGGUUCAAAUCCCUGGCACUGCUUUGAUGAGGCACGAAUUAACCGUGAAACUUUAAUUGUAGCAAUUUUCCAAGGUCAUUUUCCCCAUAAUGUGUAGCCUAUACAGCCUGUGGCAGAGAUACUAGAGAUAUUCAAAAGAUCUUUUCCUCCAAUUGGUUGAACAUUUCUUGUAAAAAUGUGCUGCAGGGUUUACAAUUGAUCCACUACUGCCGCUGCAUUAUGCACAGUAAAACAAGAGAAACACGUUUUGGUCUCCCUAGCACUCGGCACUAAUAUGGAUAAAAUAUGUAAGAUGAUUUCACUUGCAAAAUACUAUAAUGCAUUUGCUCCCAACUGCAAGUGGCUGUUAGGUGGACCCACAUAUGUCACUUUUGUCAGUGCAUCUCGAAGGAUCUCCUGCUGAUAUUACAACUGGGAGCUUGUGUAAUUCAAACUGAAAAAUCUAGUCGAGUCUGACAUAGGACCUGAUCUGUAUAAUGAUGUGUAACACCAGAUGGUUGCAUUAUCAACUGGGCUAAUAGUGAGAAUUCAGAAAAGCACUUUCUAAAAUCCAGUCUUUGCUAUUGCUCACAGAGGCAAUGAUUUAUGCAUUAAUUAACAGUAAUUAAAGCAGUUGUUCAAGAUGCCCACUUUUUGCUCAGCAAAGCAGACCAUUUCCCUUGAGAGGAACAAUAACCAGUUCUUUGGCUAUAGUUCAAUGUCUAAAUAUCCAGUGAAAGAGCUGAUUUUUUUUUUCUGAAGGAAUGUGUCUCAAUUACAUAUUCUACACAAUGCUUCACACACAGCUGUUUAAUUUCCGUAAAAAAUUCAUGAAAAAGUGAGCUUGAAAUUCUGUAACUAAAAUAACUAGAUAAUAAAUUAUUCCAUGGCUGUUUUAUAAUCUGACUAAUUCAACCUUUCCUAGCCUUUCUGUUGUAAAAACCUUUUGCCUGAAUGAGAAUUCAGUCUUUGUGUUGCGCUAAAAUCAGUAAUUGAUUUUCGAUGCUUUUGAAGAGAGCGAGAAGCAAGAUCCACCUUAGAGAACAACUGGUUUUAUAUUUGGAUCAAAAUGUUUCCAAAUUAUGAAAUGAAACAGCUCUGAAUAAAGGUGAGGAAAUUAUCUUGUAGAUAUUUGCUAUUUAUUUAAGUCAAUUUUGCAGGCUUAAUGGAACUGACAAAAUUAUUUAUUAAAUGCACAUGCAUUAUUUUUAUUUUGGAAUUAAUAUCUCAGUCCAGUCAAUUUGGGAUCAUUUUAAUUCUGGGUCAUAUGGAAAAUAUGAAGUAGGUGGGAAGCAGACUGCAGUUAUUUGGAAAUAUGCUAUCAUUAAACCCAACCACUUCACAAGUUGCUGCAUGGCUUGCAAUCAAAUUUUAAAUUAUGUACACAGACUGGUGCUUUUAUUAAUAACUCAUAUUAAAACAACCUUGUCAUACUGCUCCUACAUUCAAUAAAAUAUUAUCCUUUAUA